AUGGCUGUCAGCAUCAUUCAGACCUGCCCGUUCAAGCUGAGUUUGUAUGGGGGGAUGUCCCACUGUCCUAUCUACCUAACCCUUAUUUUUGUAUUCUCUCCCAGCCUGUUGGUCAUGUGUCUAGAGGAUAUUAAGCUCAUUGUGGGCUUCCAAGCUCCUUGGAAUAUCUCAAAUUCCUUUAGUGCCCAGAGAUUGGGUUCUGCCAUCCAGAUUGCCUUGGAGAAGAUCAAUUCUGACCCAGUUUACUUAGGUAACUAUACCAUGGACUUCACAUAUGCCAACUCAGCCUGCAGCGCCAAGGAAUCCCUUGAUGCUUUUAUCAAGCAAGUCCAGAAAGAAAGGAUUUCUGCCCUCUUUGGACCAGCCUGCCCAGGAGCAGCAGAGGUAACUGGCUUGUUGGCUUCCCAAUGGAACAUUCCCAUGUUUGGAUUUGUCAGGCAGACAACUAGACUGGAGAACAGAUUCUUGUAUGAUACCUACAUGAAUCUUGUGUCACCUGUUCAGAAAAUGGGGGAAGUUCUUCAGGCAAUUCUGCACUAUUUUGGCUGGAAACACAUUGCAUUGUUUGGAGGGACCUCAAGGGAUUCCUCUUGGCAUGAAAGUGAUGAACUGUGGACAACUGUAGAGAACCAGCUCAAAUCCCAUUUUGUCAUCACCACACAAGUCAGACAUACCAGCAAGAACCAAACUGUCCUGCUAGAGAACCUCCGCCAUGGAACAUCCUCUGCCAGAAUUAUCAUUUUAAUAUGCAGCAUGACUGAUGCUUGGACCAUUCUUCUGGCCACAGAGACGCUGGACCUACCUCCUGGAAAAUUUGUCUUCAUCAUUCUGCAGCAGUCAGAGGAUGAUUUUUGGAAAGAAGUGUUGAAUCAUCAGAAGAAUGAUCACCUCCUCAAAGCCUUUGACUCCAUGUUUCUCAUAGCCAUCACUUCCUUUGUUGAACGUUCCAAAGACUAUGAUUUCAUGAGGGAGGUCUAUGAAAAGCUGAAGGAGAAGCCCUUUCUCAGUUCCCUUUCAUCUGUGGAACAGGUGAGUGCUUAUUCUGCUUACCUUCAUGAUGCAGUCCUGCUUUAUGCUUCGGCUGUCAAGACAAUGUUAAAGAAAGGAAAGGAUUUCCGUGAUGGAAGGCAGCUUGUGAACACCAUGAAAGAUGACAAUCUGGCUGAAUUCCACGGAAUCACUGGACAAAUAAGGAUAGAUGAAUUUGGAAAGAGACAAGUGGAUUACUUGGUCCAUAUCCUAAAGAAAACUGGAAUUUCUUCUACUUUCAUUCCUUUUCUUCAUUACAACAGCCAUAGAAAAAUACUCAGAGUCAUUGAGUAUCUUCUUCCUCCAGGUAUCACCAUGAUUCUUGUGAUGGCUCUCACCAUCCUGAUCAGGGAAGAGCUUUUCCUGACUCCAAUAGAGCUGGGGCUCUUAGCCACUUUGCAAAAUCAUUUUACCACCCUGAAUGCUUCCUUGCAGCAAUCACAGAGGGACACACCUAUGUCUAGAGGAACUGGAAGCUGUGGUUCAGGCAUGAUGACUUCAAGCAACCUGAGCUCAGACUUCCAGGACAAACAGGAAGAAGAAGUGUUUUAUACCACUGUGGGCCUUUACCAGGGCAAUCAUGUUGCCAUUAGAUAUAUUGAAAAUGAAAAGGAAUCCUGUUUUAGGAAGCCAUCCAUUCUGCAAGAAAUACAGCUGAUGUGUGAGUUGAAGCAUGAAAAUAUAGUUCCCUUCUUUGGUAUUUGCAGUGAGCCACCCAAUAUCUGUCUUAUCAUUCAGUACUGCAGGAAAGGAAGUUUGAAGGAUGUUCUAAGAAAUUCUGACAUUGAAUUGGAUUGGAUAUUCAAGCUAUCUUUUGCAUAUGACAUAGUCAAUGGAAUGUUGUUUCUCCACAAAAGCCCAUUGAACUUCCAUGGCAACCUGAAACCUUCCAACUGCUUAAUUGAUAGUCGCAUGCAGGUGAAACUAUCUGGAUUUGGCCUUUGGGAACUGAAGCACGGAAGAAAGUCUAGAUCAAAGAGUGAAAAAAAUACUGACUACUCAGAACUCUACUGGACGGCCCCAGAGCUGUUACGACUGGAAGAACCUUCAGCUCAUGGCACCCAGAAAGGAGAUGUUUAUAGUUUUGCUAUCUUAAUGAGGGAACUUAUUUAUAACAAUCAAUGUGGGCCCUUUGAAGACCUGAACAAGGAGGCUGAAGAAAUCAUCAAUAGAAUCAAAGACCCAACUGCUGCUAUUCCCCUGAGACCAAAGCUGUCAAAGGAAAAGUGUAGUGAGAAAGUUGUAGCCAUGUUGAGGAAUUGUUGGGAUGAGUCUCCAGAGAAAAGACCAACAUUCUCCCAUGUCAAGAGAAUCUUAAGAGAAGCCAACCCAGAAGGCCAUGUGAGCAUCCUGGAUAGCAUGGUGAACAAGCUAGAAAAAUAUGCCAAUCAUCUGGAAGAGGUGGUGGAGGAGAGGACCACACAGCUUUUGUCAGAGAAGAAAAAGAUCGACAAGCUUCUAUCUACCAUGUUGCCCAGCUUCAUAGGGGAGCAGCUCAUAGCGGGGAGAUCUGUGGAGCCAGAACACUUUGAUUCUGUGACCAUCUUUUUCUCUGACAUCGUUGGAUUUACAAAGCUGUGUUCUCUCAGCACUCCCCUGCAAGUCGUGGGUCUUCUCAAUGACCUGUACAGUUUAUUUGACAACAUCAUUAAAACAUAUGAUGUCUACAAGGUUGAAACCAUUGGUGACGCCUACAUGGUGGCAAGUGGUCUCCCCCUCCGCAAUGGAAUCCGACACGUGGAGGAAAUUGCUACGAUGUCAUUGUGCUUCCUCAAUGCCAUGGUCAAUUUUAAGAUUGGACACAUGCCAGAGGAAAAACUGAAGCUUCGGAUUGGCCUACAUACAGGUCCUGUAGUUGCUGGUGUUGUGGGGAUCACAAUGCCCAGGUACUGUCUAUUUGGAGAUACUGUGAACAUGGCAUCCAGGAUGGAAAGCAACAGCCUCCCUCUUCGGAUUCAUGUUUCUCAGACUACUGCCAGUGCCCUGAUGUCAAUAGGGGGGUAUGACCUACAAGAACGAGGGACCAUUAAAGUAAAGGGCAAAGGAGAACAAACUACCUAUUGGCUAAAAGGAAAAACUGGUCUUGCCAUCUCCCUGCCAGAGUUCAUUGAAGAGAAUGAAUUCCAGAAACCUGUAGGGGAGCUUCUUCUUACCAGGGAUCCUCAAGAGAAGAAAACAGAAGCCACCUAA